GGGCGAUUCUCAGAGCGCGCUCCCUCUCCCCCCCUCGCUUACUAGUUACAACUGGAAAAAUUGGAAGCCACAAUCGAAGCUUGGAACCCUAAAUUGUUGAAUCUACAGUGAGACGAUACAAUCUGAAGAUCGAAUAUGUUCUCAAUUGCAGCUAUCAAUGAUGCCGACUCUAAAAGUCACUGGGAACCACUAGCUCCCACAAAAGAAGCCCAGGAAUUUCAUCUCUCUCAAACUUAUCAUGAAGGACUUCUAAAGUUACAAGCAAAAGAAUAUGAAAAGGCUCGUGAGCUCUUAGAAUCUGUCCUUAAAGAUCCUCUUAUAGCUAAUGCUCAGGUGGAUAGCAGCGCCAGUGACGGUCAUCUAUUGCAACUCAGAUUUUUGGCAUUGAAAAACCUUGCUGCCGUUUUUCUUCAGCAAGGUUCUACGCAUUAUGAGAAUGCUCUACACUGUUAUCUUCAAGCUGUGGAGAUUGAUUCUAAAGAUUCUGUUGUAUGGAACCAGCUGGGGACAUUGUCAUGCUCAAUGGGCGUACUGAGUAUUUCACGUUGGGCAUUUGAGCAAGGCCUAUUGUGUAGCCCUAAUAACUGGAAUUGCAUGGAAAAACUUUUGGAAGUUCUUAUUGCAAUUGGUGAUGAGGUUGCUUGCCUUUCUGUUUCGGAGUUGAUUUUGAGGCACUGGCCAUCGCACUCUCGUGCUUUGCAUGUUAGAAAUACCAUUGAAGAAUCAGAACCAUUGCCAUUUGCUCCUAGAGGCAUAGACAAACUGGAACCUAAGCAUGUGCGGCUCAAAUUUCCUUACAAGAGAAAAGCUACUAAUGAGAAUCUAGAUGAGGAUGUUGCAUUCAAAAAGAUGAACCAGAACAAAGAACUGCACCUUACAGAAGCUUCCUGGGUGGCUCUUGCUGACGCACUGCUUGAAAUCUUAUUGCCAUUGAAUCUGGGAAGUUCUGAGAUGGAUCCUGAAAAAGCAUGCGAUUCUCCGGACAUUAGGCUCAGAAUAAACUUAUGUUGUAGUUCAGAGGCUGUUAUUAACACUGUGGAAGGGAAAGGGUCCGGUGCUGAAAGUAGUGCUUUUGGUGAUGGUAAUAUAGAACGAUCAAGUGCUUUUAAAGAGAAAGAAACAAAUAUCCAAGAAGAACAACCGCAUGAAAGACGGAGUUCUCGACUAGAAAGGCUCCGGAGUCGUAAACCAGGGAAAGAAGAAUCAGAUUCUUCUUGUGGCAAGGACCGUGCUAAGGUUGUCAUUCAAUAUCUAGAACCUUUUAUUGCUGGUGGAUUGGGUGGACGAGAUACUAUUGACAGUGAUACCACUACACUAUCCUAUUUAGGAAAUUCUGAAUAUAAUAAUGUUUCUGCUUUUUUAAGAGAAACUUCAAACAAUUAUGGUGCUUACCAUAUGGGGCACUUGCUUUUAGAAGAGGUUGCAAGACAAGGCCUCACAUAUCAGGAUGCUUUUGUCAAAUUUCUGGAGUUGGAAAAGUUGACAAGGCAUUGGGGAAAGGAGAGAACUGCUGAAUGUAGUAUUUUUCUUGCUGAGCUGUAUUAUGACUUUGGAUUAUGCUCCCCCACUGGUUCUAAACAUUUAGAAUUUAUGUCAGAGACAUCUUAUCAUCUCUGUAAGAUCAUAGAGUCUGUAGCUCUAGAUUAUCCUUUUCGCUUGACUCAUGUCUUGAAUGAUGGUUCCCCAGAGACUAGUGGAAUAUCAAUCAAUACCUCCACUGAGAUCAAUUCAAAUUUAGACAGCUCACUUAUGAAAAACAGUUCAUUCUGGGCUCGAUUCUUUUGGUUAAGUGGGAGAUUGUCUAUUUUUGAUGGCAACAGGGCAAAAGCUUGUGAAGAAUUUUGUACUGCUUUGUCACUUUUGGCAAAGAGGGAAAACAUGGAAGAUUCUCUAUGUACAGUCCCCCGCCCACAUUGCAAGGCUGUAAAAGAGCUAAACAUUGAUAGAGUUCUUUACGAAAUUAAUAUAUUAAAGGUUGAUUUGUUGAUGGAAAAGUCUGUUAUUAAGAUGAUGGAAGAAGAAAAUUUUUUGGAGUGUGUAUCCCUGCUUUCUCCACUUCUGUUCUCCACACAAGAUGUCUACAUUGAUUCAUUUUCUUUAUCCAUGGCUGAUAAAAAAGAGGAUAAGAUAACUUCCAGUGAACUCAUGGCUCUAGAUGUUCUCAUAGAAGCAUGUCAGAAGACAAGGCCAAUGGAUGUAGAGAUGUAUUUCAAUUGUCAUUAUAGAAAACUUAAAAUACUUAUGGCAAUGAUGGGGUUGAAUAAAUGUGUUUCAUCAUUUAAAUCUUCUGAUCAAGCACUCGGUUUAAGUGCAUCUCCUAAUUUUGAUAUUGAUUUAAAGGAAAGUUCUAGCAAGCAUUGUAAUCACUUGGUUGCAGAGGAAGUGAAGGCACUCUCUGACUGCAUCUCACAAGUGAAGAAGGUUAUUGAUCACCGUGGAGAUUCUGAUGGCCUUACUGUUCCAACAAGUAGCAUUUGUCAAAUGCAAUCUCUGCUGUUGUUAAUCAUGAGCUAUGUGGCUAAUGUACUUGUCUGCAACAAAGCCUCAGCACAAGAAAUUUCUGAUCAAGCAGAAAGUAGCUGUUUCGUUGAUGCAGCCAUUGUUUUCUGCAAACUCCAGCAUCUUAGCCCAACUACACCUAUCAAAACUCAAGUUGAUUUGAUUGUUGCAACGCAUGACUUGCUUGCUGAAUAUGGGCUUUGCUGUGUGGGUGAAGGUGGCAAAGGUGAAGAAGGAACAUUUCUUAGAUUUGCAAUAAAGCAUCUCUUGGCCUUGGAUAUGAAGCUUAAAUCCAGCUUUAACCUUCGAAAUAAAGAAUCAAUGCGAUUUGAAGAAGUGUCCAAAAACAGUCUUGUCAAUGUGUCUGUAGAAGAUUCAAAAUCAGAUACAUUCGAUAUCCGGAUGGAUUGGACCAAAAUUGAUGAAAUUGAUCCUGCAAAGAAGGAUGUUUCAUCUUGCAAAGUUCAUGAUAAAGACAGUAAUGAAGUAGAAUGCAAAAAUCAUGGAGGUGCUGGGACUGACAGUAAGUUAUUUAAGGGUGAAAAUUCAAGCAAUCAAUUGAUUGAAAGUGGAAAUGAACUUUCUGAAGAUGAAAGAGAGGAGCUUGAGUCUAAAAUUGACAGUGCCUUAGAUCAGUGUUUUUUCUGUUUAUAUGGACUAAAUCUAAGAUCUGAUUCAACUUAUGAGGAUGAUCUAGUGAUGCACAAAAAUACAAGCCGGGGAGAUUAUCAGACCAAGGAACAGUGUGCUGAUGUUUUCAAGUAUGUUCUUCCCUAUGCAAAGGCAUCUUCUAGGACUGGACUGGUCAAACUUCGUAGAGUUUUAAGAGCUAUUAGGAAGCACUUUCUGCAACCACCAGAGGACCUCUUGACAGGAAACCCUAUAGAUAAGUUCUUAGAUGAUCCUAAUCUAUGUGAAGAUAAACUCUCAGAGGAAGCUGGAUCUGAUGGAUUUCUUGAAACUAUAACUAAGAUCAUGUUUCCUGAUGCGGGAGGCCUUGCACAUUAUAACACAACAUUAUUAAGGAGGUCCGAGCCAUAUUUGGAGGUCUACUAUAACCUGUAUUAUUUCUUAGCUCUUUCUGAGGAAAUGAGUGCAACAGAUAAAUGGACUGGAUUUGUGCUGACCAAGGAAGGGGAAGAAUUUGUCGAGCAAAAUUCAAAGCUCUUCAAAUAUGAUCUCAUGUACAAUCCUCUGCGCUUUGAAAGCUGGCAGCGACUAGGAAAUAUUUAUGAUGAGGAAGUAGAUUUGUUGCUAAACGAUGGUAGCAAGCACAUUAAUGUAGUAGGAUGGAGGAAGAAUCCAACUUUAUCCGAGAGAGUGGAAACAAGCCGAAGGAGGAGUAGACGGUGCCUACUAAUGAGUUUAGCUUUGGCAAAGACAUCUGCUCAGCAGUGUGAGAUACACGAGUUAUUGGCAUUGGUAUACUACGACAGCCUUCAAAAUGUAGUCCCAUUUUAUGAUCAGAGGUCUGUUUUGCCCUUAAAGGAUGCAGCGUGGAUGAUGUUUUGUGAGAACUCAAUGAAACAUUUUAAGAAAGCCUUCGCACUUAAGCAAGAUUGGUUGCAUGCAUUUUACCUGGGUAAACUCAGUGAAAAGCUUGGAUAUUCACAUGAAAUCGCAUUGUCAUAUUACAAUAAAGCGAUUGCGUUGAACAUAUCAGCUGUCGAUCCUGUCUACAGGAUGCAUGCUUCACGCUUGAAGCUAUUAUUUAAGUGCGGAAAACAGAAUUUAGAGAUUUUGAAGGUUAUUUCAGCGAACUCCUUUGAUCAAUCUGUAAAAGAAGCUGUCAUGAGUAUCCUUGGUGGUAUGGAGGAAACAAAGCAUGAAGGGUUGGUCAAAUUGGAUAGAGUAUGGUCAAUGCUUUACAAUGAUUGCCUUUCUGCGCUUGAAACUUGUGUAGAGGGGGAUCUCAAGCAUUUCCAUAAGGCGAGAUACAUGCUGGCCCAAGGGUUGUAUAAAAGGGGUGAGAGUGGUGAUAUAGAGAGGGCUAAAGAUCAACUAUCUUUCUGCUUCAAGUCUUCACGCUCAUCCUUUACAAUAAAUAUGUGGGAAAUUGAUAGCAUGGUAAAAAAAGGAAGGCGUAAGACACCAGGUUCUGCUGGGAACAAAAGAGCCCUUGAGGUUAACUUACCAGAAAGUUCUCGAAAAUUCAUUACUUGCAUUCGAAAGUAUGUGCUGUUUUAUCUCAAACUAUUGGAGGAGACCGGAGAUAGGUGUAUUCUUGAACGUGCGUAUGUUUCUCUUCGGGGAGAUAAGCGGUUUUCAUUAUGCAUUGAAGAUCUUGUACCAGUGGCCAUCGGAAGGUAUUUAAAGGCCCUGAUUUCAACUAUGUGCCAUUCUCAGACUGCUACCUCUGGUUCAGUGAGCAGUCCUGACGAUUUGCUGGAGAGAAUGUUUACUUUGUUCAUGGAGCAGGGGAGCUUAUGGCCAGAAAUAUGCAGCUUGCCUGAAAUUGAGAGCCCAGAUACAUCAGAGACUAUCGUAUAUGGAUAUCUUCGUGAACAUAUCAUACUAUUGGAGAAAAAAGGAAAACUGGAAACUCUUGAAGUGAUAAAUGAGAAGAUUCGGAAACGUUUUAAGAAUCCAAAGUUCUCAAAUAGUAGUUGUGCAAAAGUUUGCAGGCAUGCUUCUGUUGCUUGGUGCCGAUCUCUUAUAUAUAGUUUGGCACAAAUCACUCCAUUAUCAUGUGGAUUCUCAAAUGGGAUUCAGGUCCUUAAUUUGAGUGAUGGUGGGAUGGAUAAUAGCCAGUUACUCUCUAUUGAUUUGCAGCCACAUGAAUUAUGGACUACAGCUUUUGAAGAUCCAUGUCAUUUAGAAAAAAUUGAAACAAAAUGGAGCUCCACUUUAUCAAAAAUAAAGAAUAUAAUAGUCAAGAAAGCUUCUGAUGAAAAUUUGGAAACUGCGAACACACUGCUCAGAGCUUGCUAUAAUUUUUAUCGAGAGAGUUCUUCUGUAGUGCUCACCUCUGGCCUCAACUUUUAUUUGAUUCCAUCUCAAUUAGCAACAGAGACACCGUUCAACCCAAGUAUGAGUGGGAUUGAAGCACUUGAUCUGAGCAUCCCAAGGAAGCUUCUCUUGUGGGCCUAUGGUCUCUUGCAUGGACGUUGUGCAAAUAUCUCAGUUGUUGUAAAGCAUUGUGAAGAAAUUUCAAAGUCAAAGUUGAAAAGAGGAAGUGGAACUUCACCUGCGUUUUCAAACACACCUGCUGCUGCCCAUACUCUUCCAGGUAGCUGUAAAAACGGACCAAAUUUUGCCGGAGGCAGUGAUGUAGAUUCUACCCAUGUCACAACGGUGGGGUCGGGUUCAUUGUCUAGCAGCAAUACCACUAAUUUUGUGAAUACACUUUCCUCCGAUCAGAUUCAGAAGAAUUUCUUUGCUUCUCCCCAAUUGCAUCAAUGUACCACAAAUGAAGUAGAAAGAAGCAACUUCAUGGCACAUGAAGGAGAUACAGAGGUAGAUUGACUCCGUCCACGUUAGGCUCAUGAAGGAGAUACAGAAGCAACUUCAAUGCCAGUUGCUCCAGAGUAAAGCUUGAAGAUGUAAUUAUAUACAGCUUGUAAAUCCUAAUGUGUUGUACAAAAAAAAUUGAGAAGGCUAAAAUGUAAAUAGGAUUCUAAUUGAGAGCUAAAAGCUGACAGAUAGAUUGUUUUCAUUGCAGGAUGG